UCGAGCGGAUCACUGGCUUCUGUGUUCAAUACAACUCAUCGUCGCAACACACAGAGGGCCUUCGUCGUGCAGAGCCUCUUCACAGGGCCACCUGAGGUAGUGAGCAACCCCUUACUAGUCUUCCGGGAUGUCUGUGGCGACCGCUGCUCCUGGUCCUCGUAUUGGCCCGAUCGAUCCUCACACUCAGCGAUUCAUGCUCUCUCUCCCACCUCUCAUGCAUUCCAUCUCGCCAACGCUGGCAGCCGUGCACUUGGCUAGAGCGAGGCUAUGGCUAUCGAUCUCAACUGCUGGCCAGUUGUCCGAAGGCUGGUGUCAUUCUUGUGGAGGUUUGAGGCAAGGCUACGGAGGGACAUCAAAGAAGCGGAGGAAGCAUGAUCAGAUCGUUCCCGUUGGUCAUGGUGUCGAAGCAGAAUUGAGCACAACUGGCAAGCGGAAGACACCCAACUGUAUGAUCUGUGGAGCUCCUUUCAGACGUGCACAACCCAAUCUUGCGAGUCAAAGACGAUUUCCAUCAGCUCGUAUAGCUCGACGAAAACAAGCUCUGGACGCAGCCAACAUUGCUUCGCAGUCUGGUCCCUCCAUGCCACUACCUCGCGUCAUGCCGUUCAAACCUAAGCCAUCAUCCUCACCUCCACCUCAUCUUCUCGCCCAACCUACCACGUCGCACAUACUGUUUGAUCCGCCCACUCCUCCGACAUAUCCUCAACCACCUCGACUCGUCCCUCUGGAGCAGAAGCCUGGGAAGAGGAAGAAGAGGUCGGGCUUGGCAAAGCUAUUGGCGGAGAACAAGGAGAGGAACGAAAGUAAUCAGUCUGGAGGGUCUUGGGGUCUUGGGUAAGGUAUGGUAGGGCAAGUUGUAGAUAUCGGUCACUUUCACUUAAUGUUGUAAGCAUUCAUUCAUAUUGUUUUCGGGGAAAUCAAGUUUGACGGCCAGUCCCAUCGAGCUCUGGUGGCUGGCUCAGGGGCUCGUAUGGUCUCACUACACGUGAGGUUGCAUUUACCUAUCAGGUCAGACGCCUGACAGGGCAGUCGUGUAGCACAGAUUGCUGCAUUCUCGAGUCUGCCACAAAGUGGCAUUUACCGUCCUCCGACUGCUGAAACACGAGGCCU